AUGUCUCAUCUGGCGUGGAUUCCGACAGUAGUCCCCAUGGCCGAUUUCGAUGAAAGGUUUCGCAAAAACCUGUUUUACGAUCCGUUGUGGGCUCAAUUAAGUGAUCUGUAUGGUAGCAUAGGCGCUUCAUCAAUAAUGAGUCGGACCAUCGUUAUCGGAAGUGAUGCGAAUACAGUCCGUCGCAUUCUGUUUUUGUUAAGCUACUUUAUACGGUGCAACGAGGUAGAUGAAAACAUCGAAGACAUGACGCCAUCUGAUGGCCUGAACUUGGGACGCAAGAAGUCACUUGGAAAAUCAGAAAGAAAUCAACGAAAUACGUCUGCACAAAAUUCUGAAGCUAAAGAUUCACUUUCCCAAGCUGCCUCGGAAGUCUCGUGUUUUAAUGAAACUGAUGGUCAAGCGAAGGGUUGGAAUGUGAAUGAAGAUAAAUCUCAAACGGAGACAUAUUUCUACAAAAGAAAGUCGAGCACGGAGAACAGAAGAAGUUUAAUAAUUGAUUCCCCUUUCACCGAAAUUUCCGUCGACAAUUUUCUUGAUGUUCCGAUGCCAAAAUCACAACCCUCUAUCAUGAUACCUGACCCAUCAUUGAGUAAAGAAAGUGUGUCCUCACCUACGGAAACCCCGCAUCGUGCCGAUCAGCUGUUCGUCAAAUCAUACGGAAGAUCUUUGAUGGUCGGCUAUUGUGAUACAUACAUGCCUGAUUUUGUACUAAUGGGCCUUCCUAAGUACGACUUUCAAGAUUCCUUGGAGACCGAUCUAAAGGAGUCUUUGCAGGUUACCGUUUUUGGUUAUGACCGUGAAAUUCCUCACGCCGGGGACUCCUCGUUCACGGUCCAAGGGGGUCACAUAAGAAACGGUAACAGAUAUUUUAUUCCCAUACGUUCCUCCAAAUAUAUACGUACCAUGCUACACCAAUGUACGGAGUUAUACACCAAGACAAAUAUGCCGGCAGAGUCGUGCCUUGAAUACAUAGAGGACCAACUACGAAUACUAUGUUACAAAGCGGUCAGUUAUAGAAAAUUUGCGUCAGGGACAUCACCAUCUAUUUCUUCGGUUUCAAUGUUUUCACCAUCAAAAGUCGAAGAGGCGCCGUUGGACAUACUAGAAGCUUUAGAGUUACACGAGUCUGACAUGGAAUUGGUGGAUGCCAUCGGUUCUACAUUCCAACUGUGA